AAAGGGAUGAGCCAAUCUGACAGCAGAGCGAACAUAACCCCAGUUUUUAUAGUUAACUUCAUAAAUUUGUAUCUAAUUUAAAAUUUUAUUAGAAAUUCAAUUUGAAACGAAUUAGUAAUGAGCAGAAGAUGACAAGAAAUAGUGUAAUUUGCCAGUACUCUGUGCUUUUCGUUUAAACGUUUAGGUGGUUACGUGUCAUUUGAAUUUUUUCAAAGAUAACUUUCGAAAUUUCUACUUGCUUACGUGUUGAAUAGCAAUUUUAAUCAUUCUAUUUCGGAGUAUCAACUACAUUUAAGCUUUAAAAUAUUGAAUAAGUGUUAAAAAUAUGGCCCUAGUUAGAACUGUUUUAAAUUUACGAAAAACUCUUCUAUCUAGCGAAACCUUAAGACGUCUUGUAUCAGUGUCGACACCUGCUUUAGAUAAGAAAGAGAUAAGGGUAACUUUUCUUAAAGCUAAUGGGGAAAGAAUAGAAAGCAAAGGAAAGGUGGGAGAUUCGCUUUUGGACGUGGUUGUAAACAACAAUAUCGACUUGGAUGGUUUUGGGGCUUGUGAAGGAACACUUACCUGUUCCACAUGCCACCUGAUAUUUAAAAAAGAAGACUUUGAUCGACUCCCUGAGAAACCAACCGACGAAGAGCUGGAUAUGUUAGAUUUGGCCUACGAUUUGACAGAAACCUCUCGCCUAGGAUGUCAAAUUAUCCUCUCGGAAGAUUUGGAUGGACUAGAAAUUAAAGUCCCAGCUACAAUAAAUGAUGCAAGAGAUUCAUAGAAUAAAUAAAUUUUAGACACUUUAACAAUUAUAAUUAAUUAAAUGAAUGUAAUCAAAGGUGCAAAGGGUCAUUGUCUUCGUUAUUUUGUUGUUAGACGGAAAAUAAGAAUUUGUUUUUAUAAAAAGCUCAAUAAUAUACACAGCAGUUGUAAAUAAACAGUUAUUUUAUAUGUCACUGUCCAUGCAGAAGCAUGAAAGUACAAAAUAAAGACAGACUAAGCUUA